UCAACGGGAAACACCCCGACGAACAGAAUUUUCAUUGCCGGUGUUGACUUUGAUCAGAUCGGCGACGAAAAUGGGAAACACGAGAAUCUCCAUCUUCAUAUUGGCGUGUGUAACCUUACUCUCCUUAGUCAAAGCUCUUUCUCCCGAACCAGAACUUGGCUCAGCUCGUGUCGUCUUCCAGACUAGUUAUGGGGAUAUCGAGUUUGGGUUCUAUCCCACGGUUGCGCCAAAGACGGUGGAUCACAUCUUCAAGCUCGUUCGUUUAGGUGGAUACAACACUAAUCAUUUCUUCAGGGUGGAUAAAGGCUUUGUUGCUCAAGUUGCUGACGUGGCGAGUGGAAGAUCAGCCCCGAUGAACGAGGAGCAAAGGAAAGAAGCUGAGAAGACUAUUGUUGGAGAGUUCAGUGAUGUCAAGCAUGUCAGAGGUACUCUUUCCAUGGGAAGAUAUGAAGAUCCAAACAGUGCACAGUCUUCAUUUUCAAUGCUUCUUGGUGACGCUCCUCAUCUUGAUCGUCAGUACGCAGUGUUCGGCAAAGUAACUAAAGGUGAUGAAACAUUGAGGAAGCUAGAAGAAGUUCCUACUCGCCGUGAGGGGAUCUUUGUAAUGCCGACGGAGAGGAUCACAAUUUUGUCGACAUACUAUUACGACACUAAGAUGGAGAGCUGUGAAGAGGAGAGAUCUGUCCUGAAAAGAAGGCUUGAAGCAUCUUUUGUUGAGGUCGAAAGACAGAGAAUGAAGUGCUUCCCGUGAAUCUGUGUUAAUGACUUUUUUUCUAAGUAAAGAACUGUUCAUAACAGAGCCUAAAACAAAGUUAAAGCCGACAUCUUUGUUUCAUUUGGUGUAACUCACGAUGCUAAGACACAUAUUCAUUAGUUUUUGAUCUAA